CCAAUGGGGGCUUGAGAGCCGGGUCCCCGCGCCCAGCCCCAAACGUGGUGGCUGCUAACGCCACCGCCUCGGAGUCCGGCGGGCGCCGAAGCUGCGGGCGGGCACCAGCGCCGGCCGGGGCUGCUGGGCGCUGCACGGUGCGGUGCGGCGGCGCGGCGCGGCUGUGCAGGCUUUUGCCAAGCGCCUUGGGGUCGGGUGCCUGUGCGGCCGCGGGACUCGGAAGCGAGCGGCGGCGGUGGCCAGCUCGCCAAGGGACGGGGGGGUUCGGCCCCUUCGUCCGAUCCUCAGCCCCGCAGCGAGCUUUCCCUGUCUCCCGGGCAGGCAGCUUCGCGGAGACCAACAGCUCCAGCUGGAGGCCUCAACGCCCACCAGUUUAUCUGACUUCUGCCCAGACUCUGAAAUGCCAACUAUGUCAAGGCCUGCACUUGACGUCAAGGGUGGUAGCAGCUCUGCGAAGGAGGAUGCCAACCAGGAGAUGAAUUCUCUGGCCUACUCUAACCUCGGGGUGAAAGACCGCAAAGCAGUGGCCAUCCUGCACUACCCCGGGGUGACCUCAAAUGGAGCCAAAGCCAAUGGGGCUCCCGCCGGCUCCUCUGGAUCAGCAUCUCCAAUGGGCUCUCCUACUGCCACCCCUUCUACCAAACCCCCACCCUUCAACCUGCACGCUGCCCCUCACCUGAUGGCCAGCAUGCAGCUGCAGAAGCUUAACAGCCAGUACCAAGGGGCCGCAGCGGCUGCUGCUGCCACUCCAGGCCAAGCAGGGGAGGCGGGCCCCAUGCAAAACUGGGGCCUUGGGGCACAGGCCCAGGUGCAGGCUCAGGUGCAGGCCCAGGUGCAGGCCCAGGUGCAGGCCCAGGCGCAGGCCCAGGCGCAGGCUCAGGCUCAGGCUCAGGCCCAGGCCCAGGCCCAGGCCCAGGCGGGAGGGUCAGGGUCAAUCACUCCUCCUGCUGGUGCCCAGAGCCCUGCUAUCAUUGAUUCUGACCCAGUGGAUGAGGAGGUGCUGAUGUCUCUGGUGGUGGAACUCGGGCUAGACCGAGCCAAUGAGCUUCCCGAGCUGUGGCUGGGGCAGAAUGAGUUUGAUUUCACUGCAGAUUUUCCCUCUGGCUGCUGAUGCCGAGUGUCCCUAAAAAUUGAGGAACAAAGCCACCAAUUCUGUUGUAAAUAAAAGUAACUUGCAAAGAGA